GAAUAAUUAAGGAUUCAAGACCCAGGCAAAUGCCAAUGGCGUAAGCAAUUGCACGGCAGGACUGCAGCAGUCACGACGUGCCGUCACAUUCCUGGUGAACCCUCGUGUGCAUGGAGCGCUGAGUGCGACUGGUUGAGCUGCAUCCGGAGGAGCUGGCGGCGGCGGGGCUUGCAUCUCUUUCUUCUGGCUCGCUCUUGACUUCCAGAGAAACAGACACAAUCCCGCCAGUAUACAUACAGACUCCCCACUCAACAGCACAGAUUCACGCAGCCAGUUGGCAUUCAAGGGCCCGCUUAUGUCAGUUGCUUCAUGCGCGUCUAUCUUCACACUCCUUAAGGGCACCUCUUUGUCCUUGGAGCAACCGGGACUCCUUUGCAAGCGCAUCCAUCCUCCAAAUGGAUCUGUAAAACUAGCAGGUUGCCAGCUCCCUUCUUCUCCCAGAGCGCCAGCCCUUCUGCUGACACUCCCCCUCCCAAAGAAUGGAAGCCCUUCCAGAAGUAAUUCUCUGGGACAUCAUCUCCCGUCUAUCUCCCGAGGACGUCGCUACCAGAGUCACCCCCCUGUCGCGAUACUUCCGCACCCUUGGCGAUUCCCCCUCCUUAUGGCGCAACUUCUGUGGGCCGGCGACUCUCACCGAGGACGACGCCUCCGCUCUGGGGGGGUGGAAGGACCUCUUCCGACGGCUCUUCCGCAGCAACCUGCUCUGCGCCCCCCACUUUGAGCUCCUCGACACACUCCAGAAGGAACAGAAGAUCUACGACUUGACCGCCUUCGAGCCCGAGCGCCUGUCCAGCUGGUCGUUGUGGAGUCACUCCAACCUAGAUUCUGAAGAGGGGACCGUUGGGGCGGAGGAUUAUUGGCUGGAUCCAAUUUGGAAAUGGAUGCCGUGGGAGUGGCCCAGGGGGGCUGUACAAAGGGAGCUGAGACCUGUGGGUUGCCCCCCCUGCCCGGGGGCGCCCUGGGCGCCGUGCUUGGCGACCGGUUGCGCUACAGGGAUGGUGGCACAGAGAGUGGGGCUCAAACACUUCCCUGCAGCGUUCCGCGACUCUCGUCCUGCGAUCUUGGUUUCUGCCUGGUAUGGAGGUCGUUCCGACUGCCCCAGUGUUUUCGACCUCUGCGUAGAGUUUAGAAGAGGACGAGGCGGCAGCGAAGUCCUACUUGAAUGGUCGGCGAGCGACCUGGCGGCCGGGUCGAAUCGAGAAAUGACUGCCCAGCAGAUGCUCGCCUGUCCGCAAGGCGGCUGGGCGAAAGUGGAGCAUCUGAUAACGGACUAUGACCCUCAGGGUUUUGACGAGAUCCGGGUCGUGUUGUUUGGAGAGGACCAGCGCUUCUGGGCGGGCUGGUACGGUGCCAAGUUCACAGCGGUGGAGCUGCGGUUCGUACCGCCGAGCGAGGUUCAUCUAUACCAACAACAUGUGCAAGCACAGCAAGCUAUGUAAGAUAUCCUAAGUGCCUCCCCUGACCAAAACUCGGUGUUGCUCUUGGAUAGGCUUUGGUUGCCUUUGUGUAAAUUCGGGCCCAGUCGCUGCUUAUGUAGAGUGUGAAGUUGCUAAGUUCCAUAGCCCCAUCGAAGUGUACAGAUUUAAACCAGCCUUACUAAAGCUCUGUAAGCCCACGAGCGACAGUCAGGACGUAAUCGUACUGAGGCACUUGUGCUGAAGCGUAUGUUAAUAAAAGCUAGCUAGGACAAGUAUACACUAGCGAAUCGUGGCGAUGCACAAACUUAUCGAGAGGUACUGAUGCUUUGCAUGAGACCCCAUUUUCUUCAAUCAUGGUGCUGAAUCCAGCCUGUAUAUGCAAUCG